AUGGGAAACUCAGCAUCUGCUGCUAAUGUCUCUGACGCAUUUCAUUCAUCUUUGAGCAAUAAUCCUUUCGACGCGGAGAAUGUUGAUACAAUCUUCAGCUUAUCCUUUAGUAAGAAGAAUCUUAUGAGUGAGUCAACUAUUAAAUAUGUCCGUGCGCUUCGUCAUUUUCACACAGAUCGAUUUGCCUUACUUCUGUAUCAUUGCAUAAAGGAACUUUCUGUUAUGAGGGAGAAAAAGAAAGCAUCCGUUUUGUCUUUCAAGGCCGAAGACAUUCGUCGAUUUUUAACAGCACUCCAAAUUUUGCGUCUGCUUCUCCCCAUAGCCUUUGAAGAUGGGGAGACCGAUAUUGACGAAAAUGCGCAGGAGCAACGUUCGACCGCGACCUCAAUUAUUCUCCCGAAGGAAAAAGUUCCAGAAGAAUCACAACAACCACUGGAGUUCAAUUCAUUUGACGCAGGUUCCUUCUCUCAGAACAAGAAUGUGGCGAAAAAGCAAUCCACCUAUAAAUUUCAACAACUUUUUUUUAUGGAGAGAAGCAAGUGCAAUGACAGCGAAGUGGAUUCUCAUUUCCCUUUGCUUCCGCUCCAAGAGGCUCGUGAGGCCCCACUGAUGUUAGGACCCUAUCUUGCAUGGGUUCUUGUGGAGUCCUGCUUUAUUAGAGGGCUCACGCUACACGAAGAAAAUAGCCCUACCAAAUUACCACUUUUUAGUUUACUCCAUCCUGAAGUUGACAUGACCUUACUUUGGUAUCCUGGGAUUGUCUGUGCAAACUUCUCUGACGCCCCUCUAGCAUCCUCGUCAAGCGAAGUACACACACCUCGGAAAGAGAUUCUUAAAACGCUACUUGUGAUGGUUUCCUCUCCACUUUUUUAUUCAUCAGGCUAUCGCGACAUCAUUUUUAUCGAAUCACUCAUUUCAGUUUCUGUGAUUCCAUUGAUGCCUACUCUCGCGGUCUCAUUACUCAACGCCAUCCUAAUCUACAAGCCCCACACUCACAUUCCAUACGUCACCAAAUUGUCGAUCGAUGAAAAAAAGGUUGUUAUUAUGGGCUCGCGUUUUCUGUCAGCCAUCUUGUAUUACACUGGUAUUCCUAUGGAUGCUUUUCCCAAUGCGGUUCGCGACAAGGGAUCAACGAAGAAAGGUAAAGGGCCGAAUAAUCAGGGUUUAACCAAUGUCAAGGACUCUGAAGAAGGUAACCAGGUCCACUCCUCCACAACAAACUUUCAACAGGAUGCGCAAGCAGUCUACAAAAUUCUGGAGGACUCUACUGCUAUAUCUUUUACUAACAAACAGGAUGACAAUUCCGAAAUGAAGGUUUCAGGUGGGUUGGCUAUGCAUUCGUUUACCUCUUCUAAGGAUUCAAGAGAGAUGGCGCUUCAUCAGCCUUCAGACAAGAUCUUACCAAUCCCCAAAAGCGACUCUUUUUUGGACAACUCUCAAAGCCGACCUUCUCAUAAACAUACCGUUGGUGGUGCGUCUAAAAACAUUGUACACUUAUGCUUCGUACACUCCAUUCGCAAACUUGUUCAUGAACUCACGAUGUCAGAGGCAAAGCUCGUUUUAGAUCGUCUCAAAAGCACCAUGGUCCCAACGCCGCAUCUGCGCCAUAAAGUUCUCCCGAGCUCGUGGUUAUCCGUCAUUCCCGAAAGCGGGCUUGUCUUUUUGUUAUCCAAGCUUUUAGAUAUCUCGCCGUCCGUGUCCAAUCAGUUUUCACUCAACCCGGAGGUUUUGCCCUACGUAGUUCGAAUUGUCGAGUGCGGCCUGGAUUCACAAAAAAAAGCCAACAACGCACGCCAGACCCAAGUUUAUAUCAACAUUCUACUGCGUCUGUCCCAGAAUCGCGGCUUCACACUGCUGUGCAACCAACCGCUUUCCACGUCCCUUACCUUUCCCUUUCCUAAACUGCCGUCGGAGGCGACGUUUAACGAUUUUCUUGUCACCGCGUUGAGUUUAUUCAUCGGCUUCGGGGACGCCUCCCUGGGUUCCCACCUGGUCACGUGCAGUUUUGUUCUCUCCAAUAUGUCGUCCUUCAUUAUUGGGUUGGGCCCGGUGGCCUCAAGAAGUCUGGUCUCUGUUUUUGCUUAUUUGGCCCAUCGAUGUUUGGAGUAUACCGCCAGUAGUUCGUUUGAGAUGCUUCGAAUCUAUGGACCGACUAUGGCCGCCAUCUGUGAGGCGAUUUCCUGUUUGUUUCGAUAUCAUAAGGAUGGGUCGCAUUAUGUGAUUACCUUCUUACUUAACCAUCGCGGCCUCAUUAGGCGCGUGAGAGAAAUUUAUAUAAGUUCGGAGUCCUUGAGGGCUAGUAUCAAUGUGCCUUUCAUGAUUCAAGAUCUAGAAACUGUUCUGGCUGCAGCUCUCCCAAUUGUUGAUAGUCUCGGUUUUCCUUCUACACGUAAUGCGAACUCUGAGGCUGAGCAGAAUUGCAGUGAGUUUAGUCAUUUUUGGUGUCAUCCCGAAAUGACCUUUGAGAUUGACAAGACCGUAAUGCGGAAGCUGAAAACCCUUGUAUUGGUUGGUAUUCUCUUGCCUCAUGAAAUAAUCAUCAAGGGGGUCCAAACAACGAAACAAAUUGAGGAGCAGUUAUUUGUAUUAUUCUGGGAAAGCAUGUACCUAUCCUUUGACCCUGGUACAUUUGGGUAUCAUAAAUCAAUAAAGUUAUUACACUUUACCUAA